AAAAUGGCGCUGUAAUCGUGGACGAUUAUUCACGUCAAGUUACUAAUCUACGUAUUACGAAUAUAUUUUAUGGAGCAAUGUGGUUUAGUGAAAGAUUCGAAGUUUAAACUGUUGUACUCACGUGUGUAAACGAUUACCAUGGCGACUGUAGCAGCAACAAAAGUCCAAGAAGUUCGUGAGAUCACAAGGAUUGAGCGUAUUGGUGCUCAUUCUCAUAUUAGAGGUUUAGGAUUAGAUGAUAGUUUGGAACCUCGCCAUGUAUCCCAAGGUAUGGUUGGCCAACUCAUGGCCCGUCGAGCUGCUGGUGUUGUCUUGGAGAUGAUAAAAGAUGGAAAAAUAGCAGGACGUGCUGUUUUAUUGGCAGGUCAACCUGGCACUGGUAAGACUGCCAUUGCCAUGGGAUUAGCUCAAGCUUUAGGAAUCGAUACUCCAUUUACAUCGAUGGCAGGAUCUGAAAUUUAUUCUUUGGAGAUGAGCAAAACAGAAGCAUUGACUCAAGCUAUAAGAAAAUCAAUAGGAGUUAGAAUUAAAGAAGAAACUGAAAUAAUAGAAGGCGAAGUAGUAGAAAUUCAAGUCGAUAGACCUGCUACAGGAGUUGGUGCAAAAGUUGGAAAAUUAACGUUAAAAACAACAGAGAUGGAAACAAUUUAUGAUUUAGGGAAUAAAAUGAUUGAUAGUUUAAUGAAAGAAAAGGUGCAAGCUGGUGACGUUAUCACGAUUGAUAAAGCAACUGGAAAAAUUAAUAAAUUAGGUCGUUCAUUUACAAGAGCUCGGGAUUAUGAUGCAACAGGAUCACAAACGAGAUUUGUACAGUGUCCAGAGGGCGAAUUACAAAAACGAAAAGAAGUAGUUCAUACUGUCACUUUGCAUGAGGUUGAUGUUAUAAAUAGUAGAACUCAUGGUUUCUUAGCAUUAUUUUCCGGUGAUACCGGUGAAAUUAAAUCAGAAGUAAGAGAUCAAAUAAAUGCUAAAGUAGCCGAAUGGCGUGAAGAAGGAAAAGCAGAAAUAGUACCAGGAGUAUUAUUUAUUGAUGAAGUCCAUAUGUUAGAUAUUGAAUGUUUUUCAUUUUUAAAUCGUGCAUUAGAAAACGAAAUGGCACCGGUUGUUAUUAUGGCAACGAACAGAGGAAUUACAAGAAUCAGGGGAACUAAUUAUAAAAGUCCACAUGGUAUUCCUAUCGAUUUACUCGAUCGUAUGAUCAUUGUACCUACAACUCCGUAUCAAGAAAAAGAAUUGAAAGAAAUUUUAAAAAUAAGAUGCGAGGAAGAAGAUUGUGAAAUGGCAGAUGAUGCAUUGACUGUUCUUACGAGAAUUGCUUUGGAAACGUCUUUGAGAUAUGCUAUUCAAUUAAUCACAACCGCAUCUCUUGUCAGUCGACGUAGAAAAAGUACAGAAGUGAGUAUAGACGACGUGAAACGUGUUUAUUCUUUAUUUCUCGAUGAAAAUAGAUCGACACAAUUUCUUAAGGAAUAUCAGGAUGAUUUUAUGUUCAAUGAAUUACCUGAAGAACCUAUGGAAAUUUCGUAACAUGCCAUCUGGUUUGAACGAGGAUUGAGCUUUCUUAUCUUUUGAUAUAAAACCUAAUCCAUAUUCAACUUUAUAAACUGGCAAUGGGAUUACGGUAGAAGACACGGGUAUCAUUACUGAAAAUAAAUAAUUAUUAUAUUAAUAAACAAACGAGAAACGUAAAUCUAUCGAUCGUUUUAAGAAAAAAAUGGGGGAAAAAAAAAAAAGAAGAAAAAACAAGAAA